UGGGUGGCGGCCGAGUGUCCGUGCGUGGUUCCGCAUUCCUCUCGAAGUGACCGCCCCCCUCCCCACCACCACGUCCUGCAGGUACCUCGAGCAACUUCGCGAUCCCCUUCCCUCUCGAAGUCACGAACAGCCCUCGGACGGGUACAGCCUCGAGCGUCGACACGAGGAGCGAAUCGACAGCCUCGCCGCGACCAUGAGCGACGUCGACAAGCAGAGGCAGAUCAGCGUGCGGGGCAUCGUGGGCGUGGAGGACGUGGCCGAGGUGAAGGGCCGCUUCAACCGCCACCUGCACUUCACCCUCGUCAAAGAUCGCAACGUGGCCACCCCCCGCGACUACUACUCGGCACUGGCGCACGCCGUGCGCGACCACCUGGUGGGCCGGUGGAUCCGCACGCAGCAGUACUACUACGAGAAGGAUCCCAAGCGCAUCUACUACCUGUCUCUGGAGUUCUACAUGGGGCGCACUCUGCAGAACACCAUGGUGAACCUGGGUCUUCAGAGCUCCUGCGAUGAGGCCAUGUACCAGCUGGGCCUCGACAUUGAGGAGCUGGAGGAGAUCGAGGAGGACGCGGGGCUCGGGAACGGCGGACUCGGGCGCCUGGCAGCCUGCUUCCUGGACUCGAUGGCCACGCUGGGAUUGGCGGCGUACGGUUAUGGCAUCCGCUACGAGUUUGGCAUCUUCAACCAGAAGAUUGCCAACGGCUGGCAGAUGGAGGAAGCGGACGACUGGCUACGCUACGGGAACCCGUGGGAGAAGGCGCGCCCCGAGUACAUGAUCCCCAUCCACUUCUACGGCCGCGUGGAGCACGGGGAGCACGGGGUGCAGUGGGUUGACACGCAGGUGGUGCUUGCGAUGCCGUACGACACGCCGAUACCUGGCUAUGGCAAUAACACCGUGAACACAAUGCGGUUAUGGUCAGCGAAGGCUCCCAGAGACUUUAACCUCAAGGACUUCAACGUCGGGGACUACAUCGACGCGGUGCUGGACCGAAACCUGGCCGAGAACAUCUCCCGUGUGCUCUACCCCAACGACAACUUCUUCGAGGGCAAGGAGUUGCGGCUGAAGCAGGAGUACUUCGUGGUGGCGGCGACGCUUCAGGACAUCGUGCGGCGCUUCAAGUCGUCCAAGUUCGGCUGCCGCGAGCCCGUGCGCACGUGCUUCGACUCGUUCCCCGAGAAGGUGGCGAUCCAGCUGAACGACACUCACCCGGCGCUGGCCAUUCCCGAGCUCAUGAGGAUCCUGGUGGAUUUGGAGAAGCUGGAAUGGGACCGGGCGUGGGACAUCGUGGUGCGCACGUGCGCCUACACGAACCACACGGUACUGCCCGAGGCUCUGGAACGCUGGCCCGUGCAUCUGCUGGGGAAUCUGCUGCCACGCCACCUGGAGAUCGUCUACGAGAUCAACAUGCGCCACCUCACCAAAAUCGAGGCACUAUUUCCGGGGGACUUGGACCGUAUGCGCCGCAUGUCCCUGAUCGAGGAAGAAGGCACCAAGCGCGUGAACAUGGCGCACCUGUGCAUCGUGGGCUCGCACGCCGUCAACGGCGUCGCGCGCAUCCACUCCGACAUCAUCAAGGCCACUUGCUUUCGCGACUUCUGGGAGAUUGAUCCGAAGAAAUUCCAAAACAAGACGAACGGCAUCACCCCGCGCCGCUGGCUCCUGCUCUGCAACCCGGGGCUCGCCGACAUCAUCGCCGAGCGCAUCGGAGACGAAUACGUCAACGAGCUGUCGCAGCUGUCGAAGCUCGGCGACCUGGUGGACGACGAUGCCUUCAUCCGGGACGUGGCCAAAGUGAAGCAGGAGAACAAGCUGAAGUUCUCCGCGUUGCUCGAGAAGCAAUACGGCGUGGCAGUGAACCCCGACUCGAUGUUUGACGUCCACGUCAAGCGAAUCCACGAGUACAAGCGCCAGCUGCUCAAUUGCCUGCACAUCAUCACGCUCUACAACCGCAUCAAGAGAAACCCAACGAAGCGAUUUGUGGCCCGCACCAUCCUGAUUGGGGGAAAGGCAGCCCCUGGCUACCACAUGGCCAAGAUGAUCAUCAAGCUGGUGACGUCCAUCGGCGAUGUGGUGAACAACGACCCCAUUGUGGGCGACAGGCUCAAGGUCAUCUUCCUGGAGAACUACAAGGUGUCUCUCGCCGAGAAGGUGAUCCCGGCGUCGGACCUCUCGGAGCAAAUUUCCACGGCCGGCACGGAGGCGUCUGGCACGGGCAACAUGAAGUUCAUGCUGAACGGAGCGCUCACCAUCGGCACCAUGGACGGCGCCAACGUGGAGAUGGCGGAGGAGGCCGGAGAGGAGAACCUCUUCAUCUUCGGCAUGCGUGUCGACGAGGUGGAGGCGAUGGACAAGAAGGGGUACAACGCGCGCGACUACUACGAGCGCCUGCCCGAGCUGCAGCAGGCGAUCGACCAGAUCAGCAGCGGCUUCUUCUCCCCCAAGCAUCCCCACGUCUUCGAGGACGUCGUCAACAUGCUCAUGCACCACGACCGGUUUAAAGUUUUUGCGGACUUUGAGGAUUACAUCAAGUGCCAGGAGAAAGUCAGCGAGCUCUACAAGAACCCCCGCGAGUGGACGAUCAAGGUCAUCCGCAACAUCGCCGCGUCCGGAAAGUUCUCGAGCGACCGCACGAUCGCGGAGUACGCGCGCGAAAUCUGGGGCGUCGAGCCUUCCCGCGUCAAGAUCCCUCCGCCGAGCAAGCCCCGCGAGGAGGGCCACACAGCAGCCACAGCAGCCACAGCAGCCAAAACGGCGCCGCCACUGCCGCGUUCGCACAAGGAGCUAGUGCGUGCCAUCAGCGACUACUAAACAAAGGGCCCGCCCCGCCCGUGCUGCGCCGUGUGGAGGAGGGCGGGGAGAGACGGCGCUUGGGUCCGGGCUGAGCGGGGAGCGUCACCGGCCCUGGGGCGGUGAGCCACGCGGCGCUCGCUGGGAAGGAAGGGCGUCGUGAAGGUUGCAGGUGAAAGAUACUCUUUGGUUCUUUCGGUAAAGUCACGUAGAAAAAUAAUAAUAGAUCACGGCGUUUCGAUCGCCACACAAGCGAUCGUCCUCAGGUGGAAUUUUUCUACGUGACUUGACCUAAAGAACCAAAGAGUAUGGAUUCCUGUAGUCACGAAAGCUUCAAAUCAAGAUUGCAGGUGAAGAUGUUUUAAAAAAGAGAUGUAAGGUGCAGCCUCUUCAAUAGCUCGCUCGUACCACUGCGGGCGGGAGAGCUGUGGACAGCCCAUCUCCAAGAGGGCAUUUGGCCUACUCUUCCAACACUGUACUGACGUCUCGGGAAUAUGGUGGGGUGCACCCAAUGCAGAACCCUCCGGAAUAAAAGGGUCCGACUCGGUGAGGAUUCCCUGGAUAAAAAUAGCUGUUAUGGAGUGCAGGGUUUAAUCAUUUGGUAACGGUGGUUAGCCGACCAGGCCGCGGAGUGCAGUUUACUGGAGUGCCGCACCACUUCUGAUUGGUUCCCACUCUAGCAGAGGGCUUAACUCUGCCUCCCGUCGUACAGAACUACACAUCAGCUCGCACGUAUCCCUCUCAAACUCUGAACGCCCCACCUUGCAUGGAGCUCAACCACUAAAGUCGGCACCCACCCUGCCCCCGGGCCCCCCAGCUAGGGGUGGGUGUGGUCCCUUCCCUUCGAGUCUGGCUGACUUCACAGAACCUCGCACGAUUGACCCCGGCCCUCCUUACAGUCCACUGGCGUUGUGCAGAGGCAGCCGCUACCCCAAGUUGGAGUACGGAGGAAACACCGUGUGUUGCCAAGCCCGACCAGAAAGCCAAGCAAGCACUAACCCCACUGGCAGCACUCGCUAGAGUUAUAGCAGUACCGGCCGGUCCGUCGAUUUCGGCGGGUAACGUGUUCCACCCUUUCCAAGACGUCUGCCUAGUGUGGAGGAGUAGGCCAAUGUACCCACUGGAGAGGGGGGAGGCCCUUCCGCUAGCAGAAGUGGUGGUGAGAGGGCCAUUCCGGAAGCUUCUGUCCGACACCAUCCGGAGGAGAGAUGCACCCGCCGGCAAACGAUGGUGGGUGCUACCAGGCC